AUGGACGUUGUUGUUGCAGAAUCUUCAAAUACAAGUGAAGUCAUAACUGCGAUAUUCGCUGACGAGGAGAAAAAAACAGACGCAGAUUCUUAUAAUACCGGUAAUAAUAAUGGAGUUGUAUUUGACAAUCAUGAAGAAAAACUUAGUGAUGUUAACAUCUUUACCAAACCCUAUUCCCCCUAUCAUGACAUGAAAGAAGAUAGCCAAAUUGUAGUUGAUAACAAACAGUGCAGCAGCAGUAAUAGUGAUGCUGAAAAUAAAGACAAAGAUGAUAAGGAGUAUGAGUCUGAACCUGCUUCAUUGGUAAAUUCUGAAGCACAAAGAAAAUUUAAAAGUAAAGGGUUUCAAGGUAAACAAGGAAAAACCAUCUACCCUAGACCUCGCUCAACAUCAAAAGAAAUGAGAGAGCUUUCAAGAAAACAUGCUCAGUUAGAAAAAAAUUUGAAAAUAGAAGGCCUGCCAGAUCCACCCAAGUUUCGCAAAAGAAGACUUUCUUUGAGUUCUAACAUGGGCAGGCCACAUGACAAAGAUGUUCCUUUCAAAAGAAAAAGAUUAGCUUCUAUGGAUCAAAGACCUAAGAAAGAUCAUAUGCCUAAAUGGGAACUAAUGGGUGGUGAUGCCCGUGAUCCAUUAAAUCUUAAUGGAUUAGCUCAUAGUGAAGAAGGAAGACUGCUCAAUUUAAAAACUCCAGAAAGUUCACCACUGCCUACUCCUGAUUUCAGAAAGAUUGUAUAUGUAAAAGUCCCCCCAAAUAUAGAAGAUCCAUUAAAUUUAGAAGGCAAACAUGAUCAGAAAGUAAUUGACAUGCUUUUAAAUGCAACAAUUAAAAAACGGCAUAGGUCAAAGAAAAAGAAACAUGAUGACACUCAGCAAGCUAAUAUUUCAAUCACUAAUGCCACAGAUACAGAACUAUCAGAAACUGUCUGUGAUGCUGAAUCUGACAUUAAUGCUCAUGAUGAUACAGUUUCUCCUAAACAAACCCCUCAACCAGUAGAGGAACUCACACCAAAGAAGUCAAAGCCGGACGAAAUCCCAACCCCUACUCUUAGUACAAAAUCUAGCGCAUCAAGCAAAGGGCGCUCUCGCUCUAGGUCGAUAAGCAUGAGUCCAGAUAGAAAGUUUAAGCGUCAGAUCAGUGGUGGAAAAGGAAAGGCCACUGCCAAUGAGCCAACAAAGUUUCCCAAGAAACCAAUGUUUACUUUAGGAAACUAUAACAGGUAUUAUGGCUACAGAAACAGAGACCAAGAGCCUGACCCACGACUACAGUAUUUUAAUCCGACUUGGUUUAAGGAUAAAGAUGUUCUAGACAUUGGUUGUAAUGUUGGUCACAUCACCCUAGCACUAGCUGAACAGUUUUAUCCUCAUAAAAUCCUUGGCAUGGACAUUGACGGCAAACUUAUUCAAGCUGCUCGACAAAAUAUUAGGCACAUGUUAAGUUUAAGAAGAAAGGAUUCCUCCAAAUACCCCAGAGUUUUUGAAAUGACUAAAGGCCCUCUUGAAGCUCACCCUUUAAUGGGCUCAUCUGAUCAGUUUCCCAAUAACAUACUUUUUCUGCAGGGUAAUUAUGUCCCAGGAAGUGAAGAAAUCCUCAAACUUCAGAAGGAAGAAUACGAUACUAUUUUAGCAUUAUCCAUCACAAAAUGGAUUCAUCUGAACAAUGGAGAUGCAGGGCUAAAGCUUUUCUUUCAAAAAGUAUUCAGACAGCUGCGUCCUGGCGGAAGACUUAUUCUGGAGCCUCAGCCUUGGUCAACUUAUAGAAAAAGAGCUAAGCUUUCUCCUGAGAUGUUUGCGACAUACCAAUCCAUUAAACUUAAACCUGAAGCCUUCAAACAUUAUCUUCUUUCAAUUGGAUUUGUCAAGUGUGAAGUCAUUGGAGUUCCUAUUACUAAAGCAAAAGGCUUUAGGCGACCUCUUAUUCUAUUCACCAAGCCUGAUAACAGACAAACUCCCAGUGUUUCAACUACAGAAGAGAUUGAUUAUAGAGAUGUUUGUCAAGAGUGUGGCAGCACCAAUAAAGCAGAGUGUGAUCAUCCUCAAUUCACAGGCAUGCGCAGAGGUCCUUAUGCAAGCCAUAUGUAUGACCACAUUAACUAUCCUACUAAUGCAUCGUCAGACUCUCCUUAUUUCACCCUUCAGAGAACUUGCACCAGUGCUAGUUUUACAUACAACAACAUAGAUGAAAGAGGCUCCAAUGUUCCAAGUGCUGAUAGGAGUGAGUCCAUGGACGAUACCAAUGAGUUUAGUGUGAGCAAUUUUACUAGUGACUCUUGGAAAAGGGUGAGAAGCUCAGAGUUAGACUGUAAGUUCAGCUCAAGCAGUCGGUCAGAUAUCAGUGGAAGUGAAAUCAGCUGUUCAAGCUCUAGCACUAGUGGUUCAAGUUCCUCAGGAUCCAGUUCCAGUAGUUCAUACUACAGCCCUGAGCCUAGUGGCCCCAAUGGCAUUAAUGCCAGUGACGUUGAGUAUAGCCCUGCACUGAAUGGUGCCAUAGCUGUGCCCAGUCCUGGACCUAACAAUGACAUUGCAGUUUCCAGUCCUAUCUUUCAUGGGGCCAAUGGUGACAUUGCUAUUCCCAGUCCUAGUUUUCAUGAGCCUAAUGGAGCUAUUGCUGGAGGUGGUCACAUCAUGGCUAACUGGGCUAAUGGAGAGCAUUCAGAUCCUCCAAUAUUGAACAAUAAUUCAGAUAGCUAUAGCCCACAGUUCAAUUCACCUCAUGGUGACGCGGGUCCUGAAGAUUGGGUUGAUGUUAAUAAUGAUGCAUCUGGAGCAGCUGCAGCCAGCGAGGAAAUGGCUGAGGUGCCUUUGGAAGAAGAUGCCGAGAACAAUGACAUGGGACAAGCUGAACGCUCCCCUAAUGUAUAUGAAGUUAAUGGUACUGACAAUGUUGUACAGCAUUGGGAUCAUGACAAUCAAGAUGCCAAUAUAGAUGCUCCUCUUGGUAAUGGUAAUUCUCAUGGUUAGACUGGAAAGUAGCAAGCUAUGAUUUGUUUCAACAAAUUUGUUCAUUGAACCUUACUGCCAUUAUUAUUCUGUACAUAUUUUAUUACUUUGAAAUCUCUGUCUUGGAAUUAAACUUUUGCACAUUUUUUUUUAUUUUAAAAAUGAAAAAAAAACUAAACAAUAGCAUCAGUUGAAUUUGAAAUGAGGGGGCUACUGUGCUGAGGUUUAAUUGCUUGAAUCUCAGUGGAGUCUGGCUUUUUUUUUUUAUAAGAAAGGUAUUUUUUUAAUUAAGGAAUGUAUGCAUCCCACAUGGCAACUGAUCUCCUUACCACACAAUGUGAACUAGACUUCACCUGCUUUGUGGUACUACUAGAAAUAAACAUUCACUUUAUUUAUAUUUUAUCAAGCAGUAAAAUACCAAAUUGGUUUAGAAGCUAUUACUAAUUGAUUUAGUUAUUAUGUUCUUUAUUUAUUAGAGAAAAUGAAUAGAAGUGAUUUUCUUUAUCACAAGAUUAUUUAAGUUGAUCAUGUACAAAAGUAGCAAGCUUUAUUCAAUAUGCAUGCGUAAGUAUAUUUUAAGAACCCCAUCAUUAAAGUUCUUAAUAAGAUACAAUUUAUGCAAUUUUCUAUUAUUAAUUCACAAGUCUCCAUUGGUUCCUUAUGAUGUUUAAAUGCAUUUAGUAUUUUUAAUGUUGUGCCAUCAAAAGAUAGUAUCUUCCAAUAUGUUCAUACAAUUUUCUUCUUUUUAAGCAUUUAUUGUCUCAAUAGAAACCAAUUCCACUAUCAAACUUCAAUAGUUUUGCCUCUUCAAAAGUUUUGUAUGCAUUUGUUUUCUAUUGAACUAAAUAGGCUAUGGACUUUUUUGUAAUAGUUUUUUUUUUCACUGGUGUUGUAUUCAAACUUUUUGCUGUGUAUAAUUUCUACAAUGAAUGUUUUCUACACUGUGAUAUAGAUGUACAGUGAUAUGAUGACACCAUAACAGUUUAAUGUAGCCAUAGCCUAUUGUCUACUGUGUGUAUCCAGUUGUAUCAGCACAUUGUGAGAGUAUUUGUAGCUGCUGUAAUAGUAAUAGUUACAUUGCAGUUUAAUUGAAGAGUUGCAUUGUCUUUUCUUUUAGAAUGAUUUAUCCAUUGUUUUGAGACAUUAGCUAAUUGCAUAAAUUGUGUGUAUCCAUCAAAUCUUUGAUGGUAUAAUGUGUGGCUAACCAGUACUUACCUAAGAACAUGAAAAACAUGUUUAUUGUAUUGACCUUGUUAAUGUAAACACACACACAAAUCCUAAAAGAAAAUACAGUUAAUUUUUCAUUUAGUUUGUGAUUUGUUUGAUGAAGCAUUUUUUAGUGUGUUAAAUAAUUAAAUGCUUUCACUUACAAUAGAAUUUUAGAGAUUACAGUUUUUAGUGUUUAUUAUUCAUGUGAAAUAGUUCUUGUUUUCAAGUCUUGAAAAAUAAGUUUGUGGUUUAACAGAAUUGUUGACUAAAUGUAAACCAUUUUCCAUUUUCUUUAUGUCAACCAUUUUCAGUUAGUACAAAUCUGUCUUAUUUUCUGAUCCCCCAGAGAUCAAGAACAGAAAGAUUUCUACUCUAGAUCUUGAGAACAAAAAAAAAUAUUUUCAAGGAUUAGUCAAAUAUUUUAUUUAAACAGAAAUGACUGAAAGUAAAUAAAACUAUUUAAAUUAAUGUUGAAAACAAUGUAUAAGUUUCAUUUAAAUACUUACGUUCAUUUCAUAUGCUAAUAUUAUUAAAAAGGAUAGCUUAUAUGAAACGACUGGGUGCUUGUACUCAAAAUGUAUGUUCCUGUCCAAUGAGCACAUUUUAUUUCAUCCCAAAAGAGUCCUCUACAUGUAAAAUCAUCCCAUUUUGUCUGUGUGCACCUUAAAAUAAAUUUUAAAAAACUCUUGUUUGAAUAAAGUGAUGAUGUGUGUUAAGGCAGCUCUUGCAACGCAAAUAAACAUUGGUGGGCAUUAAAGCACUUCUUGGAUGAUGCUGGCAAUUUUUUUUGUUUCUGCUGGUUGUGGUUCAUUGUGUUUGUAUUGUCAUUCAUGUUAACUUUGAAUUUAAGCUUUUUCUUUUUUCUAAUGAAUGAGGCACAUCAUUUUACUUUUCAAGUCUCACUGGGACAUUCUAAUAAAUAUGUGCAAUAAAAUGAUCUUGAAUGAAUGCUUGUUGAAGUUUUGAUCUAGAAAUAAUGAAUAAGAAUCAGUCAUUUGUAUGCUACAUUGAUUUAUUUAAAAUAAGUUUAAAGGUGUGUUUUUUUUUAGUUCUAUAAAACAGUGAUUCUCAACCUUUUAAAAUUGUUGAAAGAGUAAAUUGUUUACCUUUAGACUUAAGUAAAAUUAUUUUUGGAGCCCUUUAGAUUUCUUUGUGCUUGUAUUAAAUUUAAAAUUGUUUCUAAAAGUUUGAAGAAAAAAAAGGGAGAUAUCUCACAUGCAAGUAAGUAAAGUUCCCCUGUCAGACCAUGUGACCUCAGAAUAGCUUAUUUCAAAUAUAAAAAUGGCUCAUAUGCCUGUUGUGUAAAAUCAAAUAUUUGAAUAUAAUUAUUUAAUUUCUUUAUCUUUAAAAUACAUCUCACUAUAUUCUUUUAUUUUUAUGGACAGAGAAAAUUCCUUUGGCAAAUGACAAAUUGUAUGUGAACUAUCCCAACAAAAGUCAUGUUUCAAGAGCUAAGUUUUAAAUUCUUGAGAACCUUGAUUUAGCAUCUAAAUAGUAUCCUACUUUCAAAUUAUCACGAAUAAUUACAAUUUGAAAGCAGAAAAGAAAUUAGAAUGUGAUGCGUAGAUGGGCAGUUCCUUAUAGUCAGAUAGUAGGACCAUACCUAUUAUAUAACCUUUGAACACAUUUUUUUUGUUGGUUUUUUUUUUCUUACUCAUUGCAAAUAUUUUUUUUUCUAAAAGAAAUGUUUCCAUUUAACCUUUUUUAACUAUUAGAAUUCUCUCUUCCUAUUCUUAAAACUUCUUGUGUGCAUCUUUGUUGAUUCCAAGUUAUUCAGUGGUCUUAUGAAGUAGAGGGGAGAUGGUAGAGUGAAGAAGUCAUACAAACUAUUACCUAUUGAGAGUUUAAUGACAUAAAAUUGUUGACUUAAUGUGUUUAGUUAAAUGUUUGCAAUGUCCUAUGCUAAACUGUUCAUCAGGCAUUAGUGGUGAGAAUUGUUUGUGCACAUGAGUUAAAACCUUUAAUUAAGGAUUUAUCAAUUGGCUGUCUGCCUUUUUAAAAAUUAUUUGAUGAGUAAAUUAUGUACCUUUAGGCUCAAGUAAAAUUAUUUUCAGAGCCCAUUAGAUUUAUUUGUGAUUGUAUCUAAUCUAAAAUGUAUUGGUUCUAAAAGUUUGAGAGAAAAAAAAUAUGGGAUAUAUUUCACUUUUCAAAUGAAUAAAUAGCAUUAGUUUAUAGCCAUCUGUUCAGUUCAAUAUAAAAUGUUUUAUAUUAUAAUAUGUUAUUGUCCUAUAAUCUGUUGUUCAAUAUAUUGGUAUGCAUUAGUUCUCUACCUUACAUGUCAUUCAUCUAUGUUUAUGUGUGUAUAGCAUUGAACCAAGUUUUCAUGGUGGUAUUUUCAUAGAAAUGGUAUUUUUGGCAGAAAAUAAUCUUCAGUACCGGUAGAUUAAAAAAAAUGUAUAAUGAAAAACAUUGCAAUCAUUUUUUUAAAUAGUAACUUAAGUUAACCAAAAAUAGUAAUGAUAUGCCACAGAAUUAAGAAAGGUCUGUUUCAUAAUUUAAAAAAAAAUAUCAUUGUAAACUGGUUCCUAUCUAUCUGUUACAACUUUGUCCUGCACAUUCUAUCCAGUGGGGACUGACACCCCUCCUGACCGUACAAUUGUAGAUAGCGUAACAAUCUUCAGUUUAUCAAGCACUGCACUCACUGUGGAUGUUUGCUAAGUUAGUUCUGUGUUUCAGGGCAAUGACCUCUUUGUUUUGUAUAUAUUUGUACAUUUGUCAAAACAUGAAAUAACAUUUGGAUUAAUGUUGUUAAAUAAACAUGUUUGAAAUAAA